AUGGGGAACAGCCUGCGGUGCUGCCUGGCGUGCAUGCUCCCCUGCGGCGCGCUGGACGUCGUCCGCGUGGUGCACCUCAGCGGCCACGUCGACGAGUUCACCUGCCCGCUCAUCGCCUCCGACGUGCUGGCCGCGCACCCCAGCCACGCGCUGACCGCCGCGGGCUCCGCCGGCGCCGCCAGGAGGAUCGUCAUCGUGUCGCCCGACUCCGAGCUCAAGCGCGGCCGCAUCUACUUCCUCAUCCCCACGGCGUGCUCCGCGCCGGCGGCCGAGCUGAAGCGGCCCAAGCAGCAGCAGCAGCAGCAGGGCCACGGCGCCUGCCAGUCCAAGACGAAGAGGCGCCACGGCCACGGCCACCGCAAGGGCGGCACGGCGGUGGCCGCCGCGGCGAGCACGGCGGAGCAGGACAACUACCUGCGGGAGCUCCUGUCCGAGAAGCGGGAGCCGGGCCACCGGCGGCGGCGCAGCAGCAGCGCCCGCGCCGGCGUGUGGCGGCCGCGGCUCGAGAGCAUAGCGGAAGAGCCCUCCGACUAG